AUGGCUUCAUUCAUUCUCAUGGGCUUAAUGCCCAGAAACAACGAACACCCUUUGGCGGGUCGAUUGACCGACUCCGUGGAACUUGAUAUUGAUCCUCUUCCACAAUCGCAUCGGCGAGGUCUAAUAGCAAUCUCCAUCAUGGCCCUGAUGUCUCUCAUUGCAACAUCAGCCCUCCUUGGAUUCAUCACAUAUCGCCUUGUUUUCUGGCGUGGCAGCUAUACACGAUACAUCGGUUACAACCAGUACAUCAUUCUUAUUUACAACCUUGUUUUGGCGGAUUUUAUACAGUCACUUGCAUUCAUUCUUUGUCUACAGUGGAUUUUGACCGACAAAAUCGAGUCCGGUAAUGUCGCAUGCUUCCUCCAAGGGCUGUGGCUGCAAAUUGGAGACCCCAGCAGUGGUCUUUUCGUGUUUGCUAUCGCUAUCCACACGUUCCUUUUAGUCGUCUGGGGACGUAAAAUGUCCUACAAGUUCUUUGUCUGUUUCGUCGUGGGCGUCUGGGUCUUCGUGGUGUUGAUUGUAAUCAUCCCAAUAGGAAUGCACGGCGCCGGCAUCUUCGUGCCUUCCGGAGCCUGGUGCUGGAUCAGCGAGGAUUACGAGACCACCCGUCUAUGGACUCACUAUAUUUGGAUCUUCCUCUCCGAAUUCGGCACAGUCCUUCUCUACGCCGUCAUGUACUUCCAGCUGCGUCGACAGAUUGCGGCUUCUUCCAUCCUCGGAAAUAACCAACUGGCGAGUCUGCAGCGCCUGCGUCGCGUUGUAGGCUACAUGACCAUCUACCCAAUCGUCUACGUCGUCUUGUCGCUACCCCUCGCAGCGGGCCGAAUGGCCACAGCCCACGGCAAUCAGCCCAGCAUUAUCUUCUUCUGCUGUGCCGGCGCCUUCAUCACUAGCUCCGGACUGGUCGAUGUUGUUCUGUACACGCUCACUCGCCGCAACCUGAUCAUCGACUCCGAACCCAGCGGAGACCGCUCCUACAACAAGUUCAGCAGCAGCAAGGGCAAGCGAGGCGAGACCAAUUUAACUACCAUUACCGCCGAUCCAAAGCGCAAACAUGGUGGCACUUUGACUGAUGACCUCGACCGCGACGGUUCAACAGAUAACAUUGUUUCGCCAAGCGCACUCAGCCACGGCCGUGACCAUGAAAUGACACCCAUCGGAAAGGUGUAUCAAGAAACUACCAUCGAGAUCACCCACGAGCCUGCUUAUCCUGACGAGGUGUCCAGCGCGCACUCUAGCAAAGAGGACUUCAGCCCUGAUAGACCGCCUCGGAAAGGAUGGCGACGAUGA